AUGGCGAAUCGUUCACAAAUCUUCACUCAAUUAACAUUAAUGAAGUCGGAUAACAAUUGUAAUUAUACAAAAGAAACAGUUAAUUAUUACUGCAUCAUCCAAAGGCUUUUUAAAUAUUCAGGGUGUCUGAAUAUUUCUAAUGACAACUUCUCCAUUCUUGGUGAUAUGUCAAUCGAAACUACUAAUAUAAGUUGUAAUUACACCAUUGUUUGUUUUCCAGAUCCAAUUGCUCUCAGUGGUCUAAUAAUGACAUUGAUCGGAUUAGUUCUUGGAUUAAUCAUAAUAUUCAAUAGACAACUAUUCACCGCACCCAGAAAGAACAAUACAUUCAUCGUGAUAACCUUGAUCAUUAUAAAUGUCGGUGCUGCAUUUCUGAUGUUUUACGCACAAUGCCAUUUUCUUGGGCGAAAAGCCAGAUCGUUCAGAAAGGAAAUCGAAGAUACUCAUGUUUGCAAUGUGUGGUGGAUUCGUUUUGACUGGAUUUAUUCUCAUGGUUUUGUGGCUGAUUCUAAAAUCCACUGGCCUACAAGUUGCAAUCAUGGUUUGUUGGUGCGGCGCAAUGUUCAUUGUGAUGACAUUUACAAAAUAUUAUCUGAAGAAAUACCAUGA